ACCCAGCCUCUGAUUGGCCCUACUCGGUCACGUGACCAUUUCCCAAGCGGAGUUUCCACGACAGCUGGAAGCCGAGCGGCACAGGCGCAUCGCUUCUUUGCUAAAAAAUACUGGAAAUAACACGACUUCUGCUCGUCUCAGCACCUCCAGAGAAACCCUGGUCUGGCAUGGGCGACAAGAGGAGUCCCACAAGGCCGAAGCGUCAACCGAAGCCCUCCUCCGACGAGGGGUUUUGGGACUGCAGCGUCUGCACGUACAAGAACACGGCAGAAGCUUUUAAGUGCAUGAUGUGUGAUGUCAGGAAGGGGACAUCAACAAGGAAACCUCGUCCCGUCUCCCAGCUCGUGUCGCAGCAGCAGGUAACGCAGCAGUUUGUGUUGCCCUCACAGCCCAAAAAGGAAAAGAAGGAGCGCGUGGAGAGGGAGAAGAGCGACAGAGAGCCGGCGCUUAAGAAGAACAGUCACAAGAAGAUGAGACCAAGGUUAAAAAACAUCGACCGCAGCAGCGCCCAGCACCUCGAGGUGACGGUUGGGGACCUGACAGUCAUCAUAACGGACUUUAAAGAGAAGGCAAAGCCCACGUCCACCUCCACUACGUCGUCGUCGUCCAGCGCCGCGUCCACGGCCGACCACCACAGCCAGAAUGGCUCCAGCUCGGAAACAACAGAGAAGGGGCUCUCCCGCUCGUCCUCGCCCAGAGGAGAGGCCAGCUCAGUCAACGGGGAAUCCCACUGAGUCAACCCCAGCUCCACCCACAGCUCAUCUGCAAGCCCACAGGUCACAUGUGGAGCAUCCUGAAUAUCAUUUCCAGCUGCACAAUACUGACCUUAAACAAGUCCCCCCCCUCUUUUGGAUAUCUUAGAGUUUACCAAUAAAUUAGAUUUAACCAGUUAAGCCGUUCAGAGAGUCUCCACAGAACUGGAAGAGUGCAUUUAGAAAGCAAUAUGACACACCUUUUGCUCUAUCCUCCGAGAUUGUAGUGUUUUACAUUUUUAUUUGGACAUUUGGUGCAAUCGAAAGGAUCCCACAUGCUGUCUGAGGCUCAACAGAAAAGUGAGCCGGACAGUUUUACUCUGAUGAGGAAUUUCUUCAGGAUUUUCAUGACCAGUGUCAUAGUUCUGUGGGAUUCCCUCCAGAUGCACCUACUUUCUUUUAUAUGUCUUUUUGUUCAACUAAAUGUGCAGCCCCAUCUUUGACAUCAUCUUCAGUGGCUGGCAGAGUGACCUAUUCCUCUCCCUUGUGGAAUUUUCAGCCUUCAUCUGGAAUCUCCACUUCCCUGUUAAAGACCUUUGACCAUCAGCGUCCUUAUACUGAACCUUCGACCUCACAGCGACCCGUUGAUCUUUAUACUCCAAACUUUUACUUCUGAACUCCCUCUGCUGAAAGAGUGACUUUUUAUGAUGCAAGAUUUGAUGUCUCAGCAUAAUUUUUGGAGCAGGUUGCUUAGUCCAGUCGAAGCUUGUUAGAGCUGUAUAAAGGCGCUAGGAACAUUUUGAUAGAAGCCCUCUUUUAAAUGGUACAGGAAGGUUUAUCAACUGACUUAAAGGAUUAUACUGGUGUGCACUUCAGCCCUCUAUUUGUCCUUAUUUGGAAGGGUUCUGGUACCCUGGUUACUUUAGUUUAAAAAGUAAAAUGGAGAGAAUUAGCAUAAUCCCGCUAUAUGCCGAUUUUAGCUCAAAACUUUGGUUAUAUGACCCUUGUAUAGACCACCAUGACCAUCCAUGAAUGUGCUUGAAUAGUCCUUUAUUUGCUCUGGAAAUAUCAGAACUAAGUGAAAUGAACUGUGAGUAUUUAAAUGGCUGCCAUAGGAUCUGUUGGAAUUCUUCAAAAGCUAAGGAAGGAUGCUUUAAUGGUUCCCUUGGUAGCUUCGAUAGCUCAGGCUACAUAAGAUCAUCCUUUCUGAAAGAAAAUGAGAUAGCAUGGUCCCAGAAUUCCUUGCAGUAUCAACAUUUUAACAUGUUGAGGAAGACACACAGGACAUACUUUAAUUGACUAUUUCACUGCAGUCCAAAUCCAGCUACAAAAGUUCUAACUGCCCUUAGGCCAGCAUGAAUCAGCAACUUUUUUUUAAGCUAGCAGCUGGUAUAGGCAAUUUAGCAGUUGCUAGCUAGUUAGCUUAUGAUCAUUUUAUUAAGUGUUUCACCUAGUCCAAAUCUAGCAAACACCCUCUGGAUAGCAAGAAUUGGCAAAAUUUGAAGCUAACAGCAGGUGAAGAAAAUCAUUAGCAGCUACUAGCUAGCAAAGCUAAUUCUAAGCAUAACCCGAACCAAAGCUUGAGUUAGGGUAAUUAUUGGGAUAAAUAUCUUAGAUGGUCAGACCAAGAGGUGGCUUAUGUUGGCAAAUGUCUGUUUGAUAUGCAGGUAGGCAAUACUCUGUAAACAUAUUCGCCUUAUCAGCUAACAUCUGUCUCUUUCAGACUUCCCCUUCUGUCUUUAAUUCUUCACAUAUGCUCUUACAGGUGCACAAAGUCGUGUGCCUUUUUUUCUUUUUUUAAUUUUGCCUGCUUUUGUUUUCUCAAGAACUGAUUAUAACUAGUAAAUGUACAAAGUAGUCAUGUGGCUGUUUCUGUGAACUACUCCGGUAUUCUCCUUUAAAAGCUGCAUAAACAGGGCUGCACACUGCUUUCUACAGUGGACCCAUCGUGGAUCAACACCAUUAAGAACCUGCUGUCUGGACAUGCACAUUUAUCAGCUGGAUCGGUGAUGGCCUGCAAAGAGAUGGACUUCAGAAACUGUUACAGUUCCUCCAUUUUGAUGUAGCAAAGUGGGCGGAUCUAUAGAACACACUAAACUCCCAGCAGAACAACUUAUAGAUCAACUUAACUAUACAAUAACUUAUAAAACCUGUAGAGUACUACACAGAUAAAAUGGAUAUUUCUAAAAAAUAUUGUACUACAAUGUUUUGAUGUGGUUGUAUUAUCCAUCAUACCAGUGUUAUUGUCGAGAUAUUUCCUUUAACAUUUUAGCACAGAUCCUGAGAACUGUCAUGGCAUGAUAAUAUUAUGGUCUCAGUAUAUUGUAAGACAGGCUUUGUUAGUUUGUUAGCAUUGUUUAUUGUGUCACAGGUUCACUGCACUAGCUGGGACUAGGUGCUUGGACCAGUGACAACUGUUCGGAUGGAUGUUUAUUCAGUUGUGGCAAAAAUGGACACUGAAAAAUAUGUUGGUGUCACUUGUUGAUAUUUUUUGUUUUGCUUUGCCAUGCUCAAUUGUUUUAAAUGUGUGAACUUGUUUAUUACAUGUCUGAAUAAGAAAAUAACAAAUACAAACAAAAAAUACCUUUCA